UUCAGCUUCAGCGCUACCCGCUGUCCUGCGUGAGAGGACAUGGUUAAAGAAUAGUCCUUAUCUUUCUAUGAUCCCUUCUCGGAACACUUGGGCUUGUCGGUGAGGUGACGAAACAUACAAAUGGUCGAGCCCGGGAUCCGUUAGAGAGGAACUCCUCCCUUGCUAGCAGACAAACAAGCCCUUCCAAGCGCCAUGGUCUCAUGGAUCAUUUCUAGACUAGUCGUGCUGAUUUUUGGCACACUCUAUCCAGCUUAUUCUUCAUACAAGGCUGUAAAGACAAAGAAUGUCAAAGAAUAUGUAAAAUGGAUGAUGUACUGGAUCAUAUUUGCACUGUUCACUACAGCGGAAACAUUUACAGACCUAUUUCUUCCAUGGUUUCCGUUCUAUUAUGAACUUAAGAUUGCCUUUGUAAUCUGGCUGCUCUCCCCCUACACGAAAGGCUCCAGUGUUCUCUACAGGAAAUUUGUGCAUCCAACACUCUCUUCGAAAGAGCAGGAGAUCGAUGAAUACCUGAGCCAGGCAAAGGAUCGGAGCUACGAGGCGGUGGUGCAGUUCGGAAGGCGUGGGCUGAACGUGGCGGCGACUGCUGCUGUCACAGCUGCUGCCAAGGUAUCAAGCCUUCUCAACCUAAUCCUUUAUGUGGAGUUAAAAGAGGGGAAGGGACAAGGAGCUCUCUCGGAGAGGCUAAGAAGCUUCAGCAUGCAAGACCUGACAAUGAUUCGAGGAGAAAGUAUUGAUGAUCCCACUGAACAGAUAAGCAGUGCACAGAACCAAGCCCAGAGUACACCACGGAACAUCACAGAGACAGUUGAUAACUCGGUUUUUAAAAAUGGCAUCAUAUUCAAUAUAAUAACAGGUGAUGAAGUAAAUAUUGAUCAGGGCCCGAGGUCAGAUGAAGAACAGAGUAAGACUAAAGCAGUAGAGCACUCUGACAAUGAGAUAACAGGACGCAUGCUCCAACAAUCCUCUAAACUACUUAGAAAGAGAAGGCACCACAGUGAGGCAGAGCAAAGGCACCCUAAUCCACCACCCAGGAGAAAAAGUACCUCAGGCUGUAGCAGCGAAUCCAUGUGACGCCAAGGAACCAUCGGACUGGAGUGACUGGAUUUGACCUCCGACUUGUUUUUGUCCUGCCUUCACGAGCCAAGCAACAAGUGACACACAGGGAACUGCAGAGGAACCCCUGGCUAGAGAGUGCUUCACGUUUUCUGCAGAUGCCUUCAGCAACUGUCCAUGGGUAUAAACCGCAUCGUAAUGUGUUUCUCUUCUGUCUCUGUUAGCUUCCAAAAUUUACACGUGGUUGUUGAAACAAAAAUUCAGGAGUGAUGGGGAAGUGAUUGAAAUGCUUGUAGGUCCAAAGUGUCUUCAGAUUUAUGUAAGAACAUUCCAACAUGUAGUGUUUUCGCUUUGGAGCAAUCUAGAAACAAAAAUUGAUCAAAAUCUUAUGUAAACAGGGAAAUCUACUCUACAAUAUACAGGUAUAUUUGUUCCACUACUCACAGGGAUAACUGUUCUUCAAUAUAUAGGCACUUAUGCUAUUUUGUGUACAAGGAUUUCUGUCACACCCUGUACACAAAUACAUUAUUCUGAGCACUGGUGUAUGUGAUGUAUGCAUAGGUAUAUGUGUUGUACUAUGCACAGGUAUAAAUAAUGUUUUGUGCACAGUAUGUGCUGUCCUCUGCACUGGAAUGUCAAUUGCAUCAUUCAUAGGUAUGUCUGUUGACUCUGCACAAGUGUGUCUGCUGUGUUGUACAUAAACACAUUAAAUGUAUGAUCUGAAACUCUAGUCACACCGUGCACAAUGAGAAGACUGACCAGGCUACUGGUAUGAAUCUCUUUUGGAUUUGCACUGCUGAUGAUGACAGUCAACGUUUUAUUUUUGCACCUAUACGAAAAAACAAAAGGCGUAGCAGCUUUUAUGUUUCUUUACCUGGUUCCAUUGGAUUAACGUUCUUCUGUUCUCUGCUUGCUGCUGCAUCAUAUUCAAACAGAACAAUAUCCAUUCAGGAAGCCAAAGGGCUGAUUUCCUCUCACUACUUCUUCCAGUGAGACUAUUUGUUAAGUAGCAAGUGAGAACUGUCACUUAUGAUAAAAGCAUUACGUGCUCAGGCAAGGAUGGACAUUGAAAUGAUAGAGGAACACAUUCAACUCUUGAGCAUGUCCUACCAUUCAGCUAGAUUAUGGCCAGUCUGCUGCCUCAAAUCCAUUAACCUGCCUUUGCUCCAUUUUUCAAACUCAAAAUGAAAUUUAAUAUAUUCCUUCCUUUAAAAUCACAAUCUGUGAUGGUAAUUCCCAUAAUUAAUUUGUCAAUUAGUUGAAGGAGCCCAGUGGAAUAUUAUCGAAAAUAAAUAAGACAAUAGAAAGAAUGCACCAAUAAAUGUGAUUUUUAUUUUAGGGAGGGAGGAGUGGGCAUUGUAUCUCUCUCAUUUUCUUGAAUUUUUAUCACAAUUUCUCCAACAGUGAAAAUUGAUUGCAGGAAUAUGGGUAACCCAGGUAUCGUAACCACAUCUCUGUAAAACUGAAUAAAGCUAUUUCACAGUUGUGUGUGCAGCAUUGUUAGAGACAGCUAUGGCUGUGGAAGGAAAUGUUGGAAAAUGCCACAAUGGGGAAGUUACAUCAGACAGGAUUAUUAUACAGUGGAUUCUCAUCAGCUGGUUAGUGCUUUGAGCAGCAGAAUUAGAUAACAUUUUGGCAAAUGUUCUUUCUACUAAUAUUAUAUGGCAUGCCUCAUUGAACAUUAAAAAACAAUCCUGGAAACUUCCUGGCUGCUUAAAAAUGUAUUUUCAUUCCUCUUCGCCUUUAAGAUUUCCCUUCGCUCUGUAAUGUGCCCUUGUCUCUUUGUGAAGAAAGAGGAUUUUUCAGCUGUGGCUCAGUUUAGCAAGUAUACACUUUUCAUACAUUUUUGGUGCAAGUGUGUUGCUGAAGUCUUCCAGACGCUUGAAUUUAGAAGAGGUCCAUGAACUAUGAAAGGAUUGUGCCCACAUCAGGCUCAAAUGAAGAUGAAAUGCUGAAACUGAAGGUGAAACAGCUAAGUUUAGAUAUUGGGGAAGAACCAUAUCCAUUUGGCCUCGAGAGUUAGGUAUGUGUCAAAUUGUGGCUUUAGAGUAUAACCAGUGUCUUUUUUCAAACUCAGGCUCAGAUCUUCUCAAAAUCAACACUGUAGCAGAUGAGAUAUAUAUCUGAAAUUGUAAUCCUACAUUUAGGUGAUGGAGGCAGAUGGAUGAAUGGCAGAGUGUGCCCAUUUGCUGCCUCAGUGGUCCCACUGAUAACAAUAGGCUCCAAGGAGGCAAGACAAUGGACAAGGACCCUGAGCCCAUGAUUAAUGAUGUACAAGUAAGUGGCAGGCUAAGAUAAUCAUUAGUAAUAGUGUGUUGUAGGCGAUGCAUUUGGUACUUUGUGGUCUUUAAAGCCUUGGAAUAGCCUGGCUUUUGCAGUGAUUUUGAAAGUUCAUACACUUGUAUGGGACUUGACAAGUAGUUGUAGCAUUUUUGAGACAGUUUUUAUUAUAAAGUAGUUUGUGGGGAAAAAAGAUUGAAAUAUUUAAUUAACCCUUUCCUUGCAUGCUUUCCAUUCAAAUUUCUGACUCUCAUAUUGUAUGGAGCAAAAGUGAGGUUGUAGAGGUUUACACCGAUACUGGGGUUUCUUAUGUGGGGAUGUGUUUAGUUGCUAGAACUUCCUGUUAUCAGGCGCGGUAGUGUUUGACUAGGACAGCUGGCUUGUGUUGAUUUGAGUGUACUUUAGAAUUUCAUUAGCUCGUCACUUAGUGACUCAUUGGUUAGGUUUCAAGCAGGUUGAUAACUUUCAUGUGAGUUGGUAAAACCAAGGCCUUGUGAGGUCUCCUAGGUAUAGAUGCUAGUUCAAACUAGAGUGGUUCAUAUCACUCAACACCCAGCAGAGAUGAUCUGGUCAUUGUUACAUUCCAAUGUGCUAAUUUGCUGCCAGAAUUAUUUUGCAAAGCAGUUCAUUGCUUUAAAGCACAUUGGGAUAUCCUAAUGCUGUGAAAUACACCAUACAAAUGCAAAUCUUUAUUGCCUAGAGCAAGUUUAAACUGAUCCUGUUGCCAAAUUUCAUGUCAAAUCACCAGCUGCUUCAGGUCUCUGACAUCUGUACCCACAUUAAAGUUUAAAACCUUCUCUCCCUUGAUUCUCUUCUGGACAUCAGUUAUAAGUUAUGAACAAUUUUUCUACUUAUCCACUUAUCUGUAAAAUGUUGGAUUAUGCGAUUAGCAAUAUUUUUUUGUGGUAAGUGUAUGAUUUACAAUGAAUUUUAAGACUGCUGGUUGUUUACAAAUCUGGAAAUCCAGGUGAAGGGCUGAGCCAAGGGUUAAAAGUGGAAGUCCUAGAACUAAGUCCUAAAACUCCAAGUAGGAAUCUUUGGAAAAAGGUACAGAUAAGGAUAGUGUGCUUGUUAAAGGGCUAUAUGUGUUAGUGCUAAUCCCUUUAAUGUUGAGGAAACUUUGUCACAUAAUACUGGUCAUCUGCUGACCAGUUUUUACUGUUGACGGUGAUGUUAUUAUAAGAAGUAUGAAAGAAGCAGAGUUCCAAACUUGCUGUGAAGUCAAACCACGUACAAAAUUAGGGAGUGGUGGGGUUGGGGAUGUUAACAUGUCUUACUAUUAUGUCUUACUAUCAAUCCAAUGUUGCAGAAAAUUGCUUAUUUUAAUUGUGACCCCCUUUCCAUAACUUUCCACCAAAUGCCAUUGUAAAUAGGUGUUCAUUAACAAUAAUAAUCCCGCUGUGACACUGAUCUUAAACCGGUUGAUAUUUCAUAUCCUCUUUUGGGAUGUUAGUAUUUGCCAUAUCCAUAAUUGCUGCCUUAAACCAUUGGGGUAAAUGUACUCCCAGAGAUCUUGUUGUGAAGGGAGAUAGCCCAAUACCAAUGAAGGACUAGCACUAUGUUGCCAAGUCAUGAUGGUGAUACUUUGCAGGGGAAGCUUGCAAGUGGUGGCCUCCAAUCCUGGUGAAGGGUCUCUGCCUGAAACAUCAACUAUUAUUUCCCUCCAUAGAUGCUGCCUGACCUGCUAAGUUCCUCCAGCAUUUAGUGUGUGUUGCUCAAGAUUUCCAGCAUCUGCAGAAUACAAUCUCUUGUAUCUCUGAAGUGGUGGCAUUCCAUGUGUUAGUCAUCUACAUCUUUUAGAUGAUAGAGGUCACAAAUUUGAUAGGUGCUGUAAAGGGAAAUAUCAGUGAAGGAAUCAACCUCUGUGUUUCUCAUAGUUUUGUGGAGCUUCUGCUUUCUCCAACUUUAUUAAGAGUAACUUAAAAUGUUUUAGUACUUUAAGAGCUAUUAUUUAGGAUCUCCAAUACCUGGAUGCCUAGUGUCUCUGUAUCGCAAGCACCUAACUGGACAACCAGAGGUGAAAUGAGCACUGGAACUGGCUUUCAACAUUGAAAUUAGUUCCAUGUUUCCCAGGAGGUUCAUGGCUUGCCGAAAUACCAGGAUGAGAGUGAUGAGAACAAGAAGAUGUAAAGACAUUACUUUGAUGAGAAAUCAUAUAAAGGAACAAAGUCACUGUGAUAUGAGGCUCUAAGAAAAUUAUAACAUCUAGCAUGGUGUUGAAGAGCUAUUUAUGAAUCAUCCUCUGUCUCAAACAUUGCUUUAGUUAACUGGAUCAGUUUUUCUUUCAACAGCUUUCCUUGCUUUUUUAGAGCAACUAUCACAACUGCUUAGGGAGAGCAUUUUGCUGAGGGUUUCUGGUGUGUGAUCAUCUCUUGAUGCUUUUCCUCUCUUGCUCCAAUUUCUUUAUGAACUGGUGUUUGUUCUUUGAAUACUUCUUUUUGGCCUCCUGCAUAUACAUGUUGAGCCUGCCACAGACAAGAUCACUAUUUGCCUUACAAACUACUGUAUCUUGGACUUAUUCUCCGCUUUAAGUGCAUAUUUUAUGGUAUAGAUGGCAUUGUAAUCAAUGAUGUUACCUAGAUGUUACCUAGAAGUCUUUAUAAUUUAGGUUCAAGGAAGCAACUCAUUAUAGCAAAUAUCAGUGUUGCCUUUGUAAACUUAAUUCAUCACAAGUCCAACUUUGCUUCCUGUUCAACUUGAGGUAAAUAUUUGUCUGAAUGAAAAUUUGUAACUACAAGGUCAUGGCCCUAACUGAACACCUUUGAGGAGAGUAUUUUAAGUUGAUGCUAUCUCCAUCAGUCAGAGGUCCAAUGUGGACAGUCACUUAAGGUGUUUGUCAUUAAUGAGCAGCUUGCCCAGAAUGUUCUCAGCAGUGUAUUUCUUCUGUUCCUUUAUAUCCAAUUCUAUGAGCUGUUUGCCGGGGUUGGAUGCAUUAAUAAACUUCUGUUUCAGAAGGCAUGUUCGGAUCUCCUGACCAUGAACGUUGUUCAGCUUGGGAAUUACUGGCACUGCAACCUCAAAGAGACGAACACAAUCUUCUAUCAUGGGAAGUAGAUUAGCAUGGGACUAGCAGCUUCGACUUCUGUGAAAGAGCUGUAGUAGAAUCCUUGUUAUGGUCUUUUAUUUUCCAUUGGCUCCAAUUCUUUUUGUGUAGUUCUUUCUUUCUGUUGACCAAUAAUAUUCAAUGCACUGUUUCUUACAUGCGUUGUUAAUGUGCUGAUGUGAGUCCAUGUGUGGUUUCUUCACUCUGAAUGAGCAUCCCCAAACAAUUCUGAAAGCCCUUCUUGAUGUUGUCUAAGUCCAUCAAGAUAGACAUGCUCGGUGAGCAAGAGGACAGUGUUCAUGUGAGGUUUACAGAAUCUAUCCUUCUCUUGGUCUGAUGAGAACUUAGCUAGCUCAAACUCUAAGUUCUGUGUGGUAACUUUCAGGCCUUGCUUCAGAGAGAAUAAAAUUGUGUGUAAGCCUACAAUAAACUUAUCCUGGAAGAAGUUCUUAGUGCCAAACCAUAUUUUAGAUAAACCUGAUAAGCAAUCUAUGAAAAUUCACUGGAGCAUCAUCUGAUCAUCAAAACUUCAAUGCUUGUUGGUACCAUAGAAGGCAAGAAAAGAACAAGAAGCUUGUGUGAAACUCUGUUCUCUGAUCUUUAAUUUUACAGCUGGGAGUGGUAGAGAUGAAAGAACUGAUAUUCGACUUUGAAGAAUGAAUGCAUGACCUAUGGUUGACCAUCAGUUUGGCCAGCUGUGAACUGAUAAAUGAAAAAAAUAUUUCCAUUUUUGCUUCAAUGCCCUGUGACCAUCCCUGGGUCCAGGUUAGAGUCAGGCAGCACAUUCUUGGUUCAAGGAUAAAGACUAGCAGCCCACCACUGGCUACAGGCAAAAGACAGGCAAUUCACUGGGUUCAGGCUGGAUGCAGGCAGCUCAUCCCUGAAUCUGUGAGGGAGAUUGCCCCCAACCCCUUCCCUGGGUGCAGUCAGGAAUUUCUCAGUCCUGAAAAAUUGCACCCCCUCCCCCCACAAAUUGAUUUAUGGCUUGAAUUCUCCCUAUGUCUACAACUUCUCCAUCCAGUGGGAUGUUUUUCGGAAGCAGGAACUCUGUAUAGAUCGUGUGAACUUGAUAACAAAUUUGUAGGCACUCUUAAUGCCUUUCGUGCAAUGUUCUAAUCAGAUUGAAUAUACUAUGAAGAAUAUUUAAUAUUUUGAACAAUUAAUGCAUAUUCCAAGAUAGAGUAUUAUAAACUAUGUAGCAAAAAAAGUAGAACAAAUUUUAUGAAGCAUAUGUGGGGAAAGUAGGAAUGUAAAACUAAGGUAGAUUGUUCCAAUGUGAAUCAAUUGCACGGGUCAAAACAAACUGCCCUCUGCGUUUGAAUUUGUGAGACUUAUUUCGGAUAUCAUGGAAUCAAUCUAACCAAUAUUGAGAUAGCAUUUGAUGUUAAAAUUAUGUUGUCAAAGAUUCAUACCAAUAGACCAUGUAAGAGUAAUACUGGUGAACAAAUUGGAAUUUAACCAUAAUUUCAAUACUGGCUUCUUAUUGAUUGCAUGCUUGGAAAUUUCACUGCAAAGACUCAAACAACCAGAGCUUGAUAUGAAUGCAUAUUACAUGGAUUACUAGUCAAAUAGCAUGAUUACCAUAUCACAUACCUUACUAGUAUAAGGACAAAAUAGAAAACAAAAUACAAAAUUCAUUGAUAAUUAGAUUUGAUAAUUUUAUAUUAUUGACUUCAUUGAACCAGAACCCCAAAUUGAGCUAAAUCAUGGCCCAAGUGCAAGGCGUAACACAGGUGAAUGUUUGGGCAGACAUAAAUGAAUAUUUUAAGCUCACAACAUGGAAUAGACAUUGAAAUAGAGAAGCAGACUAUUAAAAUAAGGCUGAAAGGAAUGUAAAGUUUUUUUUAGGAUGGAUGGAUUUUUCCUCAUCCAUUUUCUGAUCAAACAGGUUUCCUCAUUGAUAUAGAUUCUUUUCCAACUGUUUAAAAAUAAUAUAUUGCACUUUAGAUUUCAAGAAGCUUCUAGUUAGCAAACUAAGAUAUAACCAUGCAAUUCUGUAGUUACCUAUGCGUUAGGAGGAUUUGUGUGGUAUUAAGUGACAGUUGCAGGUAGAUAAUUUUAAAACAGUGUAGAAGAGAUUUCAGUAGCUUCUCAAUUUUGGAUGGUCCAUGAAGGAAUGGAGAGGUUCUUGCAAAUCACAAUUUAAUAUUCACUUUGUGCCUAAAUUCUGCCAUGGCUUCACCCCUCAAUCUCUAAAUUCUUCCAACCUGUACCAUAUUUGAAUUCAGUAUUUUAUGAGUCACCCCUAAAUCUCUGUUCCACCAAAGGCAAAUGUGAAUUCAUCACUGGAUCCUCUCUAACCACCGAGCCUCUCCACCUUCCUUAACAUUUCCAUUUUUGCUUCAAUGCCCUGUGACCAUCCCUGGGUCCAGGUUAGAGUCAGGCAGCACAUUCUUGGUUCAAGGAUAAAGACUAGCAGCCCACCACUGGCUACAGGCAAAAGACAGGCAAUUCACUGGGUUCAGGCUGGAUGCAGGCAGCUCAUCCCUGAAUCUAUGAGGGAGAUUGCCCCCAACCCCUUCCCUGGGUGCAGUCAGGAAUUUCUCAGUCCUGAAAAAUUGCACCCCCUCCCCCCACAAAUUGAUUUAUGGCUUGAAUUCUCCCUAUGUCUACAACUUCUCCAUCCAGUGGGAUGUUUUUCGGAAGCAGGAACUCUGUAUAGAUCGUGUGAACUUGAUAACAAAUUUGUAGGCACUCUUAAUGCCUUUCGUGCAAUGUUCUAAUCAGAUUGAAUAUACUAUGAAGAAUAUUUAAUAUUUUGAACAAUUAAUGCAUAUUCCAAGAUAGAGUAUUAUAAACUAUGUAGCAAAAAAAGUAGAACAAAUUUUAUGAAGCAUAUGUGGGGAAAGUAGGAAUGUAAAACUAAGGUAGAUUGUUCCAAUGUGAAUCAAUUGCACAGGUCGAAACAAACUGCCCUCUGCGUUUGAAUUUGUGAGACUUAUUUCGGAUAUCAUGGAAUCAAUCUAACCAAUAUUGAGAUAGCAUUUGAUGUUAAAAUUAUGUUGUCAAAGAUUCAUACCAAUAGACCAUGUAAGAGUAAUACUGGUGAACAAAUUGGAAUUUAACCAUAAUUUCAAUACUGGCUUCUUAUUGAUUGCAUGCUUGGAAAUUUCACUGCAAAGACUCAAACAACCAGAGCUUGAUAUGAAUGCAUAUUACAUGGAUUACUAGUCAAAUAGCAUGAUUACCAUAUCACAUUUUCUUUAUCCUUUAUUGAAAAUACUAAAUGAGUGCAGGUUGCGGUUAAAUGCUAGAUAUCAACACUUCCUCUUUUCAUAGAAGAUAUAUUUGGAAAAAUAGUUCAUGUAUCUAAACUUCAAAUUUAUUACUGGUCUGUACUUCAUGGACUUAAAUAGUGAUGGAGGCAGAUUCAAUAGUAAGAAUGAAAUUUACUUGAGCGGGAAAGAUUUUCCAGAGUACAUGAAAAGAAUGAUGUGAGUGGAAUAAUUGGGUAGCUAUUUCAAAGAUUUACUAUAAACAUAAUAGGCUGUACUGCUUCCAUCUCUCAUGAAUGAUUCAAUAACCUAGUUGGCGCAAUCCAAUGUCACAGCACUUGGAGACAUAUGGCAGAUCACCAUAAUUACAAUUAGAUGUAUCUACAGGUACAAUUAUCUCCCAUCAUUCAAAGGUUUUAAAACUGCUUCGGUAGAGUUUCUGAGGGAAACCGUCUCUUCGUGAGUGGUGAUGCAUUUAUCUCAUACACCCUUCAUGCAAGCUGAACAAAACUUUAUGUAGGUAGAUGGGCUAGAAAAUAUACACUAGUGCUACAUGUCAAGCACAUGCCUAUUAACUAAUUUUUCCUUGCUCUGCAGUAGCAGGCAAUGGCAUGGAUGUGUGCUGCCUUAUCAGAGUACUAAACCACUCUGCUAGCUUGUUCACAUUUAGACACAAUGAAUGCAAAUGUAAAAAUAAUUACAUGUUUUUGUAACAAUGCAGACUAUGCUGUAUACCAUUGUGCAACUAAAUGGGGAUAAUGCACAGGUCAAAAUACUUGCAUUUUCCCAAGCAUUUUCAGCUACAUAUAUUUUAAAAAAUUUACUUGCUAUGUGCACUGGUCUUCACAAUAGAUCAGUGAGGAUGGUGAUUGUCUUAAUUUCUACUAUUGUAUCUUCUUUUGCCCUUCUGGUGUGCAAGAACCUUUUUAUUUCCUUAAAUUUGCAGCAAAUAACUGCAGAUCUGGCAGGCCAGAGCACUUUACAGUUGUAUUCAUUCACGUUUGUUUCGCCUAACUACAGAUGUUAAUUGUAUAUAGGGAAAUUGUUGUUGCCGUUACAGUGGUUGCAUUCAGAGUACUGCAUGAAUUAUGGGAUUGUUGUCUUACAUUUAUCACAGAACUCUUGGAAUUGUAAUAAAAGACUGAAAGAUUGUAAAGGGAUGGCUUCACUUUCAUGCUUUACACACACACACUUUGCAUAUAGUAUGUUCUUCACAGGGGAUUAGGGCAG